GAUGGUAAGAAUAAUGGAAGCUCUAAGCGCUACAGCCGUAAGCGAGAGCCCUCCCUUCCCAAGAGUGAAAGUUUCCCUGGCCCUCGUCGCACCUAUUCACAGAAAAGCAAGAAUUUUGACAAGAGACCCACCCAGAGAGGUGAAGCCCGGCAGUAUGGCAUUACAGGUGGAGGAAGACGCGAAGAGGUGAGCUUUCGCAAUACUUUACUUUAAAAUAAAUCCUUGUUUGGAUAUGAAAAGAGAGCUUAGUUAAGUCCUAUAUUUGUAUAUUCCCACUGAUUGUAUUAAUAUCAAUAUAAUAGCACUUAUUGACAAAUUAAUGGUAGAAUUAUUUGAGUCACUGAACGGUAGAAACAAGGCAGCAUCAACCCACAUACAUCUAACUGGAAUAUUAUUAUUCCUACCUGUGAUUCAGGAAAGUCAGGCUCUAAUUUUCUUCUCCCUUCCCCCAGGUAGCAGAGUGCCGCCGGGCCGAGUUCAGCCCAGCUCAGUUUUCUGGACCCAAAAAGAUCAGUCUGAACCACUUGCUCAACUUCACGUUUGAGCCUCGUGGGGGCCAUGGUGGCCUAGUAGGAGAGAAACACUCAUGCUGGGGCCGCCGCAACAAGUGGGGCCACAAGCAUAAGCCCUUCAACAAGGAGCUUUUCCUGCAGGCCAAGUGAGCUCCCGAUCAAUUCAGUCUACUUUGUACAGUAUGAAUUGUUAGGUUGGUAUUUAUUAACUAAUUGGUCUCCUUUUGCCUUAGCUGCCAGUUUGUGGUGACUGAUGACCAGGACUACAAUGCUCACCUCACUGACCCAGACACUCUGGUGAACUGGGACUGUGUGCAGCAAGUGGUAAGUUCCAUUUACAUUUACGUCAUUUAGCAGACGCUCUUAUCCAGAGCGACUUACAAAUAGGUGCAUUCCCCUUAUAGCCAGUUCCAUACACCAGCCCUCUCUUACGCUUGAAAUCUCCAUGUCUAAUUAGACUUUUAAUGCAAAUAUUAUUUACCCCCUCCAGCGCAUCUACAGUCAUGAGGUUCCCUCCUGCCCCAUCUGCCUCUACCCCCCUGUAGCGGCCCAUAUCACCCGCUGUGGCCACAUCUUCUGCUGGCCAUGCAUGCUGCACUACCUGUCUCUCAGUGACAAGAGCUGGUCCAAGUGCCCCAUCUGUUAUGAGGCUGUACACUCUGACGACCUCAAAAGGUUAGAGAGAGAGAGCGAUGUUAAACAGCCUUAUUAGAACAUUCUGUAUCGCAACCUUUGGGAAAUAAAAUAUUAUGGUUGAAAAUGGUUAGUAACAUGCUCUAUCCCCUCAUACCUCACUGCAGUGUGGUUGCAAUGGAGACCAGGCAGUAUGCAGUUGGUGACCUCAUCACCAUGCGCCUAAUGCGGAGGGAGAAGGGGGCUCUGGUGGCCAUGCCCACCUCCCAGUGGGUGAAGGUGGAGGAGCCUAUUUGCUUUGGAGGUGAGACAUUUUCACGGUCUUAAUAUCCAGUGACUUACAGUUAGUGCAUCCAUCUUAAGGUAUCUAGGUGAGACAACCACAUCAGUCAUAGUAAGUACAUUUUCCCUCAAUAAGGUAGCUAUCAGCAAAGUCAGUGCUAGUAAAAAAAGACAAGUGUUAGUGCAAAGAAGGUUGGAGGAUGAUGAUGACCAAAUGUUUACCAUAUACCUGUGUUUGUGGUAUGGUAUAUGUGAGUUUUUUUGACAUGGCUGUACCCCUGUGUUGUAGAUGUGCAUCUGAGCCCGUACUCCAAGCUGCUGCUUGCCUCUCAGGAGCAGGUGCUGGGCCUGGUGGCUGAGGAGAAGGUCGUUUUGCAGGCUCAGCUCACCCAGGAGGAGGAUGCCACAGCCUGCUUCAUCCAGAGCGCCUUGUGCAAUCUCCAGGUAACACUGACCAACUAGCAGCUUUUUAAUUUAAAACACAGGCAGUGUCUACUGUAUUGUUACUCAAACUUAGUUCAAGUCAUAUAGGCCUAGAUGGCAUGAACUAACCCCAUCUCUUUCCUCUGCUGUGGUCCAGGAGCGAGAGGAGGCUCUGCUGAAGCACCAGAAGGCAUGUACUAAGAACAACUUGAACCUGUCAAGUCUCACUCUGGCAGACCCCCCCUCCCCUGAGGAGGAAGUGGUGACCACCUUCAGUAGUACCAAAGUAAGUGUUGUCAUUUAUAACCCCUUUCUGUAACGUUACUCUCCAAACUCGCCCUUGUUAUUGGGUCUGAGAGAUUCUCCAUGUUUUGCUAUUUCCAGCCGGUGCUGCAGUACUCCUCUGCAUUUGAUGAUGAGGUAGCAGAGGAGGACCCAGAUGAGGCCCCUGGUAAGGAACCAGAGCUCCCUGAAGGGCUCCUGGAGAGCGUGCUGGAGGAGUCCACUGAGGCCUCUGGGGAUGCAGCUCCAGAGACCCAGCCUGCAGAGGAGAACCCUCCCAGCCAGGCUGAAACAGUGCGCCCCCAAACCUCAGAGCAUGGACCCUCCUACUACUUCUACCAAGGUAGGAUACCCUUUAGUAAAAUGUCUUUAUCAGUGUCUCUCCACACAAUACCUACCUUGUCAUCUAUAUUGUAAUCAAAAGUCCAGUCUCUGUACUUACUCCUUUCCUUCUCCCUUCAGCGGAGGACUGCCAGCAGAUGUUUUUGCACCCAGUGAACGUGCGCUGUCUGCUGCGUGAGUACGGCAGCCUGGAGGCCAGCCCUCACGCCAUCACUGCCACUGUGGUGGAGAUCGAGGGGCAAACUAUCACAGAGGUAAGUGAUUUAGAUCUGUAACAUACUACUUAAAUAUGUUUAUUCAUGGUAAUGUACCAAGACUUCUGUUUCUUCUGGCUCAUUUCAUUGUUUUGAUUCUCUUGGCUAAAGGAGAUUCGCCGUCGACACCGCUACCUGGCUCACCUGCCGCUCACCUGUGAGUUCGGCAUCUGUGAGCUGGCCCUGCAGCCUCCCACCCUGUCCAAAGAGACCCUGGACAGCUUUGCAGGUUAGAUAUCCUAACACACACACACACAUAAUGUAUUCAUGGGUUGCUGCAGUACUACUCCUCAAAUCCAAAUCUUCUUUCUCCUUCUCUCGUCACUCUUAUCUGACUCAGAUGACUUGGAGAAAAGAAAGCGUCUUAGACAAAAGAAAGCAAGGGAUGAGAAGCGCAGGGAGAGGCGUAUCGAAAUGGAGGAGAACAAGAAGCAGGGGAAAUGUGAGUACAUUUUACUUUUGGUUGUUUCUCAAUGUAUAAUGUGUAACUAAAAACCUGUGGUCAGAUGGGGUAUCUUAAGUUGACAGUUUUCUCUCUCUCAGAUCCAGAGGUACAUAUUGGGCUGGAGAAUUUUCAGCAGUUCCCGGCGUUUGGGUCCCCACCUCACAAUGGCAGUCCACCAGUGUACCCUGAAUUUCUGUUGGCCCCUCCCUCAUUCCUCAGCAGCAACCCUGUCUCUGGUGAGACCAGCUCUUUCAACUGUCCUUAAUUUUGAUACGUUUGGAAAUGUUAGUGUUCCCGUCUUAUCGACUCAAGAUAUUUUGUGACAUGGAAUUCAUAUUUUGGACAAAAUAUAGCACAUUACAAACAGUGCCUUGGAAGUGUGAGCCUUGUAAACUGAAAACACAAUUUCCCUCUUGUUGCAGAUGGGCUGAUGUUCCCCAGUCUGAGUGGACACAGCCCUGUGCACAGCGUGGGCAGUGUGGAGGAUGACUCUCAAUGCAUGUCGUUCGCUCAGGUCUGUUAGCCUAACUCAUUAAUUUACUCACUCCUACAUGUAUUAUUUUCAUUACGGACUGAUUACCUUGGAUGUCGGGAUGUAUCACAACUUUUGGAUAUGGACAAUAUAGACCAGUAAUAGACAAUUUGUAUGACAUUCUCUCUCAUCAUCCCUUAUUCUCCCCUGUAUAGAUGCUGAGAGAUGGGAAAGCCAGGGCAGAUGCUGGGCCAUGGACCACCUCCAAGAAAGGUGACAACUACUUGUCUAAAUCCUUCAUUUCUCCUCAGUGCCUGUUAGUACUUGCUCAAAUCAGUUGGCCAGACAAGUAUUGUCAGCUGAAACUGAUAUUGGACAAUGGAGUGUCAAUAAUGGGCAGUGUUGGACCAUGUUUGACUCCACUUUUUCUGUGCCGCUCCCUCAGACAUGCUGCUGGCUCCUCCAGUGGCAGACAGCGAUGGAGAGAGUGAUGGAGAGAGUAACCGUGUCCCAGUUCCCAGCUUCCAGAACUCUUUCAGCCAGGCCUUCGAGGAGGCACUCCUGCAGCACCACGGUCCAACUGCUCCACCCCAGCUGGUGGUCAUCCCUGGUCAGUAUUUCACUGUCUUUGCUUGUGAGUGAUGCCUUAUUUAUGGAGUUAGAAGACUGCAUACUCAUCUCUUCCUCACUCUCUUUCAGAGGAAAAGGGAGGGAAAAAGAAGAAGAAGAAACAGAAGCUUCUGUUCAGCACCUCCAUGGUUCACACAAAGUAGACUACACUGAAGUUGAAACUUCUCCCUUUACCCUCACACUUUUUUUAUUUGAUCCAUCUCCUGCUAUCACUCUGUCAUUUUUCCAUGCAGCUCUAUUUUAGAAUUAUAAGCAAUGGAGAAAGUGUUUAGUAUGUAGCCAAAGUAAGUAAUACCUCCAUCACAGUCCCACUCACUAUUUCUUCACUGGAACACCAUGCAAUUGGUUUAUUAUGUAUUCUACAAUAAUGCAGGCGCGCAAAGAUUUUUUCCACGUCUAAGAUUUUGUCAUAGACACAUACUUUGGGGUUAGACUGAUCAGUUUACCAUAGUAGAAUCUACUUAGGGUUGAUUUAGAAUGGAAUAGGUUUAAGGGGUGCAUUUUAUUGGGGUAGCAGUCAGACAGCUGUAGGUACGUUACACCCAAUGAACCCUUCACAGAUUUUCAAUCCCGAGUCCAAACACUGUCAGCCCUGAAUUUGAUAUUUUAAACACAUUUCUACCUAACUAACUGGUAAAAGGCAGAAGCUGACACACACCUAAAACAUUUUUAGAGGUGCAGACUGGGUAAACUAUAAAAAUAAAGAUGCACACUCUGUUCCCAAACAUUUUAAUGGGUAUAGUAACCAACGUUUCAGCAUUGCCGAAACAUUGGCUGCUCUACCCAUUGAAAUGUUUGGGAGCAUAAUUGGUGUGCAACUUUAUUUUUAUACUAAACUAACAAAAACUCUUCCAUUGAAAGUUGUAUGUUUAUAUUUGAGCACCACUCAGAGAUGGCCUGAACAUAGCAGAACCUCUCUCUAUGCAUGAGUCUGAUUCUCAUACCGGUCUGGAGGAAAUGCAAGGAAUACAGUGUAGCUUGUAUUAAAGAAAGGCUUGCAAAUCUGUGUGUUGGUGGCUGAGAAAUGCACUGUAGACCUUGUUUGAUUUAUUAGACCAUGCAUAUGCAGUUUCUUUGCUCUGUUCAUUUUUCCCCAUCUACCACAAGCAUUUUUCCUUUUUCUUGCUCUGUAGAGCCAGUUUUCGGUCUAAUUUGUAACAUUGGCACUUUACCCCCUGGUUUCAAUUCAGUAUUGCAAAUAUAUUUUGUGUGAAGCUAGAGAUUUGCAGACGUUUGAUUGCUUUCUAUAUAAGGAGUGAAAGGGUGGGAUUUAAAGAUACUAUAGAAGUUUUGUUUGAAGGUUAUUUUAUUGACCUUUUUGAUUAUUUUGGAAGUUUAUAGUGAACAUGAAAUAGGCUUACAUUAAUGUUCAACUGGCCUGACAUUGGAAUUAAUAAAGGAUUAUGCACAAGCAAACUAAUUGUCUGGAUAUUUUUGGUAUUGCAGCAACAUGAGAGGGUAUUGAUGCGCCAUUGUACUAGGUAACAAAAAUGUAACUAGGAGGAAUGAGUUGAUUUAUGAAAAAUGUAUCGGAGUUGAAAAUGUCCCUAAUCAGAACCUACCCAUACAUUUACAUCUCACCUGUCGCAGACCGUGUCAGUGUAGUAAUGAAAACAUUCCACACGGAGGGACACCAUUCUGUACCUACCAACUUGUAGCUAGCAGGCAGCCAGCCAACUACAGUAUCAAAACAAAUCCCUCACCUCUACUACCAAGUUGGAGUGAGCCAGGCGGCAAGGGUGUGAGGAGAGAAAAGUAAGUCAACUAGUUACAGAUAGCUAUGAACUCAACUUUUUUUAAAUAGCUAGUUUCAAAUGUAUCUAUUGAAAGCUCAUGUCUCCGAAUAGCUGCGAUUCAACAAAUAAUUUUGUUGACAUUUGGUGCUGGGAGUCUCCCAGCACAAUGUCAAAAGACAAUUAUUGGUUGAAUCGCAGCUAGUCUCCGAACAACCUGGCUACUAGUGUGUUCGCAACAGGUUUGCCACUGCCUGACUGAUAUACCAUUUCCCACACCGCAGAGCGAUUGACUGAGACUUGGUUGAAGAAAAUAAUUAGGUCCUUGAGGAAAGGUGCGGAUAAACUCGACAGGUGGAUGGAUUUCUCAGUGAAGUAAGUUCAUUUACCGUCCACUCCUGUAUUAACGUUAGCUAGCUAACGACUAAACGCUGAUACGGGAUAAUAGUUCACACCAGCCAGGUUUUGUUGCUAGAUACUCAGCUGGCGGUCAGUAUCUAUCCACUGAUUGUUUAAACUAAUCGAUUCACAUAAAACGCAGGGAUAUGCAUGGCUAAGUUGGUAAGUAAGCUAGCAGCUAACGUUAGCUACUGUAGCUAGCUACAUUGAGCUAAUUGUCAUAUAGCUAGCUAACGACUUAGCUAAGUACUAGCUAAUAAUACUACGCUACGUAUCUCUUACUAGUUGGUAUUUUUCUCCUUCUCUGAUCCUCAUGGUUUCACAUUUGCUAGAUAAUAUUGUAAUGUUUUGUUAACUCAGCGUCUCUUGACUUGAGUCAGACUAGUUAGCUAGCUCCGACUAGCCAGUUAACGUUACUAGCUAUGUUCUGACAUAGGUAAGACUCACUACUCGUUUGCUAACUUUUUGCAAAAUUACAUGAAAUGCAUUUCAAAUAAUUGAUUCAGGAUCGCAUGUAGCAAGUGUUACAUCAAAGGCAGUUUCAAAACUUGGCUAAAAGUUGGUUAGCCUACAUUUUCUUUGUGCUCAUGCGGUGGUGCGUAGCAGUUGCGCUAACGUUAGUUAACCAUCUAACGAAUAACGUUAGAGAACGUGUCUGGUCAAGACGACUGGCCGCCGAAUUAAGUAUCAUAAUGCAUGAUGUUAUAUAACUUUCUGGGCAAUGAACUAUCAUCGAUCUGACAGAAUAAGAGUGAACAAGCUAAUAGAAAAAUAAUCUCACCCUUAUUUUCUACACCACCAUACUACUAGUCUCACACAGCAACUUCUGUAUUCAUAGCUAGGUUCAAGUGUUGCUUAGUCUUUGUUCACGUAACACAGUUUGGGAAGUAUUUUGUCCUCUGCAAAACUUAAACAGGAUAAACCAGACUGUCAUUAGCAUGACAGUGUUACCCACACAAAGCCAAGGCACAGCACAGGAAAUUAGGUUUCAUUUGAACAAUUCCAGAUGCCUUUUUACUACAAGGGGACUCUAGUGUUACUCAUAACCAUUUCAGACAGAAGAUGUGGUAUAUUUCCUGAAAGAAAAUAUAAGGCAAUGUUUAUAUGACCCCCUUUCAAACAGCCCUUUAUUUACCACUUUCUUGCAGGUACCUUAAAAAAAAAUACAUAUCAGUGGUUAACUGGCAAAUUGGGAGGGGUGGGGGGGGUGUUUUAUUUUAUUUUACCCUUAUUUUACCAGAUAAGUUGACUGAGAACACAUUUUAAUUUACAGCAACAACCUGGGGAAUAGUUACAGGUGAGAAGGGCCAAUUGGAAGCUGGGGAUGAUAAGGUGGCCAUGAUGGUAUGAGGGCCAGAUUGGGAAUUUAAACCAUGGGGGGCUAUUUGCAUUUCAAAUUAGGGGGGUAUUAAACAGUGUUAAUUAAUUUUCAUGCAAAAAAACAGAGAACCAUUCACAUAGACCCGGUACCUGUAUUUUGGUUACAGGGUCUGUGAAAAAUGCAGGAAUCAUGACUAGGUCUAUCGGUGGCUUUCAAUUGACCAUGUUUUUUUUUACCCCCUACCCCAUUCAGAUGUGUGAAAAAGCUGGUAUACAAAAAGCAGGCAUGGUAAAUUAGUGGGAUUUUGGUCUGUAUGAAAGGUAUGUCAAUGUUGUCACCUAAUGAGUAAUGACUAGUAGUGAGUACAAUAUGUGUAUCUGGACCACACUGUCAAAUAGAUCCUUAGAUCCUAUUAAGAACAGUGACUUGAAAGUUUAAAGGUGUUGUCUAUACUUACCAAUAUGAUAGAGGACAUAGUGGUGUGCAUGCAUCACACACUGACACUGGCAGGUUGCAAAAAAUAAUUUUGGCUGAGGAAAGUUGUGGGUCUAAUAGUCAAUUCUCUAAAGAUCUUUAUUUUCCUCUCUUCUUCCUCUUAUGUUCGUAUCUUUUCCUUUCAUCUCCCAAAUUACCUUUGCUCUCUAGUUCUUUGGUAGUCAAGUCACCACCAAGUUAUUCCUCAUGAGUGUCAAUGUGUGUGUGUCACAUAUGGUUGCUUAUGUUCUAUACAUGUUUUUCUAACCAAAUGUAGGCUAGAUGCAGUGUUAAAGCCUGCAGGAUUGCUCUAUGGACAUUGCAUUCUAGGCCUUUGCUCUGCAGGUGUACUGCACUCUACUGGUAGACAUAUUCUCAGUUAGAGCACAGAAGCUGAGCGGUUGUUGCUCCUAGACGUUUCCACUUCACAAUAACAGCACUUACAGUUGACCCGGGCAGCUCUAGCAGGGCAGAAAUUUGCCGAACUGACUUGUUGGAAAGGUGGCAUCCUAUGACGGUGCCACGUUGAAAGUCACUGAGCUCUUCAGUACGGGCCAUUCUGGUGCCAAUGUUUGUCUUUGGAGAUUGCAUGGCUGUGUGCUCGAUUUUAUACCCCUGUCAGCAACGGGUGUGGCUGAAAUAACAAAAUCCACUAAUUUGAAGGGGUUUCCAUAUACUUUUGGCCAUGUAGUGUAUUUAGUUUUGAGAGAAAAAAUCUGCCAUCUGUAAGUUUAAGAAACAUUGCCUUGUGCCUUGAAAUUCCGUUACCAAAAACCCACAUAUCUUGAACAAAAAUAUAUAUGCAUGUAAAGUGUUGGUCCCAUGUUUCAUGAGCUGAAAUAAGAGAUAAUCCAUCCACCUGACAGGUGUGGCAUAUCAAGAAGCUGAUUAAACAGCAUGAUCAUUACACAGGUGCACCUUGUGUUGGGGACAAUGUGUGGUGUACAAUGUAGGCCUACAUUCCAAGUGACUUGGGAAAAAAGACAUGCAGGGCUUGAUAUUAACCUGUUUAUCCACUUGUCCUAAAGACAAGGAAGUGACUGAAAAUGUUGUUGUGUUGUUUGAUGCAAGAAACCACAGGCCCACCCACUUGGGAGCCAGGCCCAGCCAAUCAGAAUGAGUUUUCCCCACAAAAGGGCUUUAUUACAUACAGAAAUACUCCUCAGUUUGAUCAGCUGUCUGGGUGGCUGGUCUCAGACGAUCCCACAGGUGAAGAUGCCGGAUGUGGAGGUCGUGGGCUGGCUUGGUUACACGUGGUCUGCGGUUGUGAGGCCGGUUGGAUGUACUGCCAAAUUCUCUAAAACGACGUUGGAGGCAGCUUAUGGUGGAGAAAUGAACAUUAAAUUAUCAGGCAACAGCUCUGGUGAACAUUGCUGCAGUCAGCAUGUCAAUUGCACGCUCCCUCAAAACUAGAGGCAUCUGUCCUUGCGCAUUGAGUUGUAUGGUUUGUUAAACUUUGAAAUCAAUGGUUUUCGUUUGGCAUACAUUUUAAUGCCCAUGUCAAACACAUUUUUAUUUUUUAUUUUAUUUUUACAUAAUAUGGCAGACGCUCUUAACCCUAAUUGCUCCUGUAAGUCGCUCUGGAUAAGUGCCUUGCUCAAGGGCACAUCGAUAGAUUUUUCACCUAGUCGGCUCGGGGAUUAGAACCAGCGACCUUUCGGUUACUGGCACAACGCUCUUAACCACUAAGCUACCUGCCACAUUUCUAUCUACUGUAUUCUUUUCCCCAGUUGCGAUGAGCUUAUUUAGAAUCUGUCUCAUAGCAGAGCUCAUUCUGUGUUUUUACCUCAUUUGUCUCUAGUUGAAAGGUAGGCUAGUCCCUACUCAAUUGAACUUGGUUAGAUCUGGUCCAGAAUUUGUGUUUGUACUUUAAAGCAAAUGGCAGUUGUGCAGGGCGAUUCUUACAGCCAGUGGUUUCUCCUCCAGUCCCUGCUGUGUUGCUAGACCCAUCUACAGUGAAUGUUUAGCAUUCCAGCUUUUCAAAAGCGUUUCCUGUCAACAACCACUGCCUCAAUUUAUCAGACCCCUGUUAGCAGUAGCACACUCGCUUUCCCUUUACUCCCAUUCUUGUUUUUCUCUUCUCCAUUUUAUCUAUUAUGCAUGUUGUGAAAUCUACUAUUCUUGUUAGUAGUUUUUGAAUCUUUGUUUACAUCCUUCAAAAUGUAUGUUAGGGUGUUUCUCUGUGUGUGUCUUUCCAUACAUGAAAAAUGCUAAAUGGAUUUCCGGUGGGAGGUCUGAGACUAUUGUAAUGAUGUAGAAGUCUGUGCUACACUUUGAUGUAUACAGCCGCAGGGUCUACUGUUACAGGAAACAGAGUUCCUUCCUUUGUAAUGACACCAAAUUGUGCUCUCUCCUCAGGCUCCUUCUACUCCUUACUCAAGUGUGAUAUGACAUCACUGAGUGGUUACCACAGAAAACAGGGCUCCACUGCAGACUGUUGACAGUCAGUCAAGUGAGUGAUGAUGGGAUUGCCCACAACAACAACAACAACUAGGACGUGUAUGCGACCAAUACAAUUUGCGACCAAUGAAAUUGUAUCUGAACUGCAGUCAAAGCAGAAUUAGAUAAUUGCACCACCAAACAGUUCUGUGCGUCCCCCUCUCACACCUUAGGAGAGCAGUCAAUCCCUUACAGAGAAGCCUAUCUCAAGAGAAGAACCAGUGGAAUACAUUAUCAGAUCUGGAGGAGCCUCUUAAAGGGCAGCAGUCCACCAAAAUAUCAGCUUUUUAACGUUGUUGCUUUGAUGUUUUUGCUCUCCCUCUUCAUGAUUUGACUCAGUGUUUAUAGUUAUUACAUACUUAUCCCUUAUACCACCACAACACAUCUCUCAAGUGAACAUGGUCCUCUGAUAACUCCCAACAUUCACAACAGGAGUCUAGCAAGUUUAGAGAAACUUUUAAAGGGUCUACGUAAAUGGAGCCGACGGAGGUCAGUUUGCAUCGCUCUCUAUGUAGUUCUACGUACAUUUGUGCAGCUGAAUUUUUUGUCUGCUCCGUUUGCGUAGACUGUGUAGAGCCCUUUAGUAGUGGAGGAGCAGAAUAUCUAAUUACUGGUGUAGUUUUUCAAUGGAAUUCCCCUUUUACUGCCAUAGGCCAGACCUGCCCUGCAUUACAACACUGACUGAAUGGAAAAGACAACAAUGAGCCUUCCUGCCUCUGCCUCUCUGGUACUGAUAUCUGGUGCAGCUCUGUAAUCUUCAGAUUACUGUUGAUCUUCAAAACAAGCACCAGACAGUAAUUGUGCUGGCAGGAUUUCUGCUGUCUCACCUGUAGCUGCAUCUAUAUUUUGAGAUCUUGGGAUUAUAAGGUUCUAUCUGCAAAAAGAUGAUUCUGAGAUAAUUGGCUUUAAAGUUCCGAACCCUAAUUGAUUUGAAUGGUGUCAGCUAUUUUUAUUUUGUAUUCUUUAGAAUUUAUAUAAAUUGGGGUGUUUUUAAAGUACUAUAUAGGUAGAAACAUUGAACAGACCAAGGCUAUGUCAUUAAUUCAAUUUUGACAAAAAUGCAGAUAGAACCUCGAUUUGUCUCAGACUAUGGGUAAUGGUUAUCUCUGAGUCAGACCCAGUCACGGCAGACAGAGAAACAGUAGAUGAAAACGAUGCUGCCAGUGAACUGAACCCUUCCCAUACCCAGGGAACUGAACCCUUCCCAUACCCUGGGAACUGAACCCUUCCCAUACCCUGGGAACUGAACCCUUCCCAUACCCAGGGAACUGAACCCUUCCCAUACCCAGGGAACUGAACCCUUCCCAUACCCAGGGAACUGAACCCUUCCCAUACCCAGUGAACUGAACCCUUCCCAUACCCAGGGAACUGAACCCUUCCCAUACCCAGGGAACUGAACCCUUCCCAUACCCAGGGAACUGAACCCUCCAGAGGUGAUGGAUCUCCCCCUCUCCCCCUGGCGGAGGCCUGCCAUACUGAUGAAUGGCCUCUGUUUAACAGCCCAUCUGCUUCUAGAGCAGCCAGCCACAUCUCUGGGUGCAUGACGCCUCCCAAGGCAAAGUCCAGAGUAGUGCCCAGAUAGAGGCAGUAAAAGCUGUCUUGGUUCUCCCAUGUUCCUGAUGUGAAUGCACCAGUCGUAGUACAGUCAGUGCAUUGCAUCAGAGAAAGGAGUGGCAGUACGACUCACUGAAUAGAUGGAUCAUUUAUUGGACUUUGUUUAUAGUUUUAUUGGUAGACGGACAGUUAAUGGCCAAGGCUGCUGAUAGAGAUUUGUACAUUCCUCUCACUAGGUGUUUUUCCACAGGGAUGGCUGCACAAGUGGAGGUGCAGACAGGGGAGGUGGGAAGGACAGGUGUAGGUGGACGACUGCACCUCAGCCCUCUGGCUGACUCCAGCAACAAGAGCCCUACGGAGGGCCCCUCCAACACCCAGGGCUCCCUCAUCAUCACUCCAGAGCCUAGUAAAACUAUGCCUGCACCCAAACCACGGCUCACUCCCAAACCUUUCACUGUGGAGAAAAACCCCACCAUCCGGCCAAUACUUGCUCCUAAGCCUAAUACCAAGCCCCGACCAGCGCCCACUCGCCCUACUUCUUACAAACCUGACCCACCCAGCCCCCCAAAACCUCAGCAGCCAAAUGUCACCAGCAAACACAGGCCAGUGCCGACCAACCCCAGCCGUCCUGCUCCUACCUCCUACAAACCCUCUCCCAAGUUGAGCACUGGACAAACCACAAAGCCUGUAGCCCAGCCCUUCAAACCCUUCCCUCUUCUAACCCUUGGGGACCCCAGCAAACCAACUCCCUCCCAACCGGUGCGGCGUCAGAAGCCAGCAGCGGCAGGCUUUUCCCACUCACGAGGCCCUAAGAAACCGCCUUCAGCAGAAUGGUCCGGAUCCACCAAACAGGAGAAGGAAAGGAACAAAACAGCAUCCAGUAUCAGAGCUGGGGGAGCCUCUAUGACCAGAGCCAAGUCUAUGGGCUUCCUCAGUCAGAUAGGGCAAGAUGAGGAAGAGAGGAAGGGGGAUGAAGGGCCAAAGGUCAGAGUCCAACUCCGACCCCAGUCUAGAGGCUCCAGGCCCAGACCUGUGUCAGCCAUCUUCCUGCCCUCUCCCACUCAGGCUGAGCUGCCCACCCCAGCUGCUCGCUGGGCAGUGAGACGGCCCCUCUCAGCCGACCUCACCUCCAAGUUUGAGUCCAUUGGCCUGUCGCUGCACCACGGCCGACCUGCCAAGACAGACAGCAAGGAAAACACUCCAGCAGAACCGCUACGGAGGAGAGAGAAGGAGAAAGGAGCAGAGAGGACCACUGUUACACCACCAGCCCCAGACAGCAAGCCCUCAGCCUUAGCACGAGGGAGCGAGAAGAAAACAGAGGAAGAGAAAGAGGAUGAUCAGGAUGAAGGGAAGGGUGGAGGCAGCAUCAAGAGACGGAUCAGUCUCUUGCUUGAUUCUUCCUCUUCCUCUCCUGUGGUUCCUCUCCGUGUUGCUGCCCAAAGACCAGAGCCUCACUGUCCAGUACAGCCAAUCCUAGAGGCAGAUGUAUCACUGGGUGCUGUUAAACAGCGAAUCAGGAAGCUUACUGAAGAUACUGUUACACCACCAGCCCAGACCCCUGCUGUUAGACCACCGUUUAAGUCCCGCCCUCUGCCCCCUGACCUGACCAAAAGGUAGGAGCUCCUCACCACACUCAGUCUGUCAGUCCUUUUAUGGCUCUCCCAUUGGCAUGACCUGUCCUGUCCUGUCUUGUGUGAUAUGUAUGUUUCUCUUCAUCAGGUUUGGCUCUGAGAGGUCCACAGACCUCAGCAGUCCCUCCCCCAAUGAGGCGACAGACUGCCAUGAGAGUGACACUGAUCUUCAAAGGAGGGUAAGAGAGGUUCUGGGAUCUGCUUAGGUUAAUCUGGUGUAGGUGGUUUGGUGUAGGAUUGCAGUGAGCCCUGUGAGAAUUUUUCAAACUCCCGUGCCUACCAGGCAAAUCCAGUUGAAACACUACUGUCUAUAAUAGGCAAGCAAUGAGGUAACAGUUCAAGCUUGAAUCCUUAAUUGGUGAAACUGCCACGUCCGUUUGGGAUAUUACAAUAACAAUUAAGUUACUGCAAACAACAAACACUGUUUUUUUGUGAUAGAACAGCAGAAUAUGUACUGCAGUUUAUUUUACCACGUUGCCAGACGCUCACCUCAAAACAAUAACAAAGGUGUUGGGACGAACAGUGACACUGUUUUCCCAAAUGCCAAUUUGAUUUAAAAUCUCUGGUCUUCAGUAACCAGUUUUUCAUCCAACCUUUUUAUGAGAGUAAAAUACAUGUUGGAUAGAAAAUGUCACGACGCGCCUGAUGGAAACAGCUAAGUUGUCGGUAAACUUGACCAAUGUCGACAAAACAAAAUAUGCUAGACAAGGUGGGGUCUUUUUGUGUCUGUACAAUUAAUUAUGCCAGAAAUGGCGGCGCAAAUGUUUUUAUCUGCAAAUAUUGAUAUAAUAACCAUCAUAUCGAAGUAAACUUGGAGUCACGUGAUGGCAUGUUGUAUGGUCCUCCCACUAUGACUCGGGAAACCACACAGUUUAUUAGGCUUCACAGGGUGGUGAAAGUGCAAAGUGAUGAGCUUGUUGCUCCUUUCAAAUAAAUAUCAAGGGUCUUAUUCUGAUGACAUGAUAGGUGGCAGGUAGCCUAGCGGUUUAAGAUUUGGGCCAGUAACCGAAGGUUGCUAGUUCGAAUUCCUGAAUAGGUGAAAAAUCUGUUGAUCUGCCCUUGAGCAAGGCACUUAACCCUAAUUGCUACAGGAUCGCCGUCAAUAAUGGCUGACCCUGGCCGUGACCCCGCUCUCCGAGGGUGUCAGUGGGAUAUGCAAAAAAAAACAUUUCUAUUUCACACCACACGUGUACAGGUUACACACUUGUACAUAUGUGAAACAGGACAAAUAUAAGCACCCCCUAUUUGGCCUUUUACCUUUUGAUGCUUGGCUGCCGUUUGAGAAAUAAAAAUAAUCUUGCUGUUUUGUCCAUUAUAAUUUCAUAAUGUAGGCUAUACCUGCACUGUAUAUGCGAUCUGUUGGCCAGGACGCACGUGACAAUACCAGAGUGGGCACAUACACUAUAUAACGCAACAGUUUUCUGUUGUUGUGACAAAACCAUCAGUGGAGUUGAAAAUGCGAUGGAAACCCUUUUAACUUGUACUUUUUGUGGGAAUUUAACUACAAAAGUUAUUUUUAUGUGCACUACGUCAUCACGCACAGUCUUUUAUCCGCAACAAGGCAAUUUGAUGGAAAUGCAUAUCUCGUGGGAAAUGCGCAUUGUUUUUAUGCAGAUUUUAGAAUAUAUGCAUGAAAAUCUGUCGCCAAUUGGAAGGAAACUUAGCUAGUGACACAAAAUAAAGUUGUCUGUUUUGCUGUAAAAACAGAAUGAGAGCCAUUCCAGCAAUUUACUAAUGCCCAUCCAAUUUGAGUUAAGUAGCAAAUUACCAAAGAUGAUAAUAAUAAUAAUAAUAAUAUGCCAUUUAGCAGACGCUUUUAUCCAAAGCGACUUACAGUCAUGUACGCAUACAUUUUUACGUAUGGGUGGUCCCGGGGAUCGAACGCACUACGUUGAUAGAUCAAUGUUGAUAGAUCAAUUGAAUCAGCCUGUUAAAUGAUCUGUCACAACACUGGGGGAUUGGUGAGUGCUUGGACUGUAUGUGUCCCAUCUUGUCUUGUUUUACGGUCACUGUUUGGUUUGAUUAGCAACAUUUGAAGAUGGUGUUAACUUAGUUAAAGCUUUGUGAAUACAGUAUUUUCCUUUAUUUUUUUUUAUAGUUUAGAUUUGUGAAAAUGUAAUGUAUUGAUAUAGUAGUUUCUGUGUUUGCCACUGUAAGCCCCCAAAAAAUUACUUGAUCAUAGUUCUGAUUUGCAUUUCAUCUCUCAAACAACCUGGGCACAAAACGUUUUCUCUGAAUCAGUCUUUGCUUUCCUUAUGGGAACGGGGCAUGGAAGAGAAAAGGAACGCCACUGCCACAGAGGUACAAAGAACUGUGAAACCUAAUCUGGGGCAUUGCUCAUCUCUGUUGGUUCUCUGUGUGUUGGUUAUGAAACAUGCUGAGAGAGAAGCACUGGGAAAAGGUCAACACGGAGAGGCUUUUAUUACCACAUCUGCACCACACCCACUUUUACGGCCCCAACAAAGAGGAGUGGGAUCCCCUUUCUGCCCAGACACAGUUGCCUCACUCAAUCACUUCCCUUUGUAUCACCCUCUCCUUUUCUCUGUCAUGAUAUAAUGCUUACAACAAAUUAGACUAUUUGUUCAAACAGAAUCCCAUAUCACUCCCAUAUCUUGUAUUAUAGACCAGCUAAGUGUAUCUGUUUAAAUGAAUUUCUUGAAAGAAAAUGGCAGAUGAUUUUGACUUUAAGCUAAAGGUUAGAAAAUCGUCCCCUUAUCAAUUUCUUAUCAUUUACAUCUACAUUUACAUUUUAGUCAUUUAGCAGACGCUCUUAUCCAGAGCGACUUACAGGAGCAAUUAGGGUUAAGUGCCUUGCUCAAGGGCACAUUUACGUCAUUUAGCAGACGCUCUUAUCCAGAGCGACUCACAAAUUGGUGCAUUAUCCAAUUUGGUUUAUUGUUAGGUUUAUUGACAUGAGCACUCAUAAGUAAAUGAAUAACUAGUUAAUAAAUAUUGAAGAAAGAAAGCUUGAUUUAAGAUGACGUACAACUUGUCAAGGCAGUGCUCAUAAGAACUAUUGCAGAAAGUGUCCAGCCUGUCUGACUUAAUGUAACCAAACUCAUUAAAUUACUUAUAUUUAGGUGGAGGACUCAGUUUUCAGCUUCAGUGACCAAAAAAAGGUGGAUGAGGACAUCAGAGGCAUACAAGAGCAGCCCACCCAGACCUCCUCUGACUCCUCAGCUGUACUGACUGAGGCAGGGCGAUGGAUGGAGAGCUGCCCCAGCAGUGGGGCGCAGAUGGUGCGUGCAGCCCUGUUUGAGAAUGUGGUGGAGAGACACAGCGUGCUGUUGAUGGAGGAGGACAGGGCACAGAGUGCCACAAAGGGCUGUCCCAAGAGAAGUGUGUCCCUCAAUAUGGGGGAUGGGGAGAACGAUGGCAGCCUGGUCACCGCCACCUACCGUGAGCCUGUGUCUCCCUCCAGUCCGCUUCUUGUAGAGCACUCGUUUGACACUGUGCAGGCGGUGGGAGAGAGGAGAGCUGUUAGUGAGAGUGUUCCUUCGGCUCAGCUGGAGGACAAGGCCAUGACCCUCCGUUCCAGGCGUUCUGUGGGGAAUAGGCCAUCCAGGGCCGAGCCAGUGGAGGAGAGACAUGCUCAGGUCCAAGGAGUCCUCAGUUUGGCUCAGAGGGGAGCACCAGCCUCUCAACAGGAACAGGUACCACGCUACCUGAGGGUUGGAGCUCUGCAGAAGUGGAAUACCGCUGAGAUGGAUAGGGACGCAGAGGUAGAGAAAGGAAGGCAAAUGGAGAGGGAGAGAAAGGAGGAUGAGAAAGACAGGCAGAGGGAAGUGGAGAGGAGGAUGAAAAUGGAUGUAGACAGAGAGAAGCCGAGAGAGCAGGAGAGGGAGAGAGAGGAAGUGGCAGCACCGAAGCGGUUGAAAAUGCUGGAGGCAGAUGAGCAGCCACCCAAACCCAGGGCCACCUACUUUGCUCUGACUGGUCAGAUCCAGGAAGCCGUAUCCUAUGGGGACGAGGAAACAGAGAGAGGGGACAUGGAAGUUCCCUUUGACGAUUUCUCUUUGAAGUCUGGACAAUGGGGCUCUCAAGGGAAGGUCUUGCAAGUACGAAGGAACCCCUCUCUAGAUGAAGCUUUUGGAAAAAGCUCCCAAGAAGAAGAACUGAUGGAGCGGAAGCAAACACAGGAAAGGGAGAGAGGAACGGCAUGGGACAGACAGACAUGGAUGGAGGAGAUGGAAAUAGAAAAACAGAAACAAGUAGACCUUGAGAAAGUAAGAGAAUUGGAGAGGGAGAAAGAACGGCAGAGGGAGAGAAAGGAGUU